GUAGCGCCAGCUGCGAGAGCGCGCCCGUUCCUCCCCUCCAGUGCAUCAGCCGGAGAGAGCAGCGGGAUCCCGGCGGCCACUCAGUUAGUAAGGGGGAUCUCUUGGCAGCCACUUGAACGAGCUCUUGCUUGAAGGCGACACGAACAUUGAUCAAUGUCGGACGGAAACGAAGACGUCCCGGCGUCUGAGGAGACGCUGGUGGAAGAGCAGGAGGUUCAGGACAAAAUGAUCAAUCCAGAGAAAGCGGAAGAGGCCAAAUUGAAAGCCAGAUACCCAAACUUGGGGAAUAAACCCGGGGGCUCAGAUCUGCUUCGAAAACGGCUUCAGAAGGGGCAAAAGUACUUUGAUUCGGGCGACUACAACAUGGCCAAAGCCAAGAUAAAGAACAAGCAGCUCCCGACGGCAGCGGCACCCGAGAAGACCGAGAUCACGGGGGACCACAUCCCCACACCCCAGGACCUGCCCCAGAGGAAACCCUCCCUUGUGGCCAGUAAACUGGCAGGCUGAUGGCUCGCUGUAUGCACCCCCAUCCUAUCACGAGCUUGUAACAUUACCUCUCACAGGACCUCCUGUUUACCCACUCAGCAGGAAAUGCUUCGCUACCUUUCAAAUUCUUUUACCUUCCCUAGACUCCACUGGCUGCUUAUUCAGCUCUAGUAUCACACCCUCCUUGCCCCUGUCUCUUCCUUCCCAUGUAUAAUUUCCAUUUGUCUCUAUUCUUCUCAUGUAAGAUACACUGAAAGACAGCACGUCAAUGAGGGUUAAAUUCCUCAAGGCGUGGGAGUGUGUGUUCGUGUAUAUAGUAGUACAUUUCAUUUUGUUAGGCUUGGUGGCAGACAUCAGCCUUUUAGCAUUUUAAAUCCAGUUUGUAUUAUCGUUGGCUGUAUUCUCUUAAUUAAUGCAGGGUCUCCCCCGAACUUGGAACUCUUGUUCCUCUCCAGAUCCCAAACUUUAUGAAAAUGGAACCUCAGUUCACAACAACAUUUUCAAAGAAAUAUUGCCGAGUUUCUGGCACUAUGCUUCAGUUGAUGAACAGUCGUUUGCAUUGAUGUGAAACGCUCAGUUGUUUUUCUCUCACACAGCGUGAACGUUGUUCGCUUCGUCUGUCACAUAUUUAACAUACAGAUAUGCAUCAUUGUGUUUUGCUCUAAAUUAGCCCUGAGUAAUGCCUCGCAAGAAAGUUAAGUGUUGAUAUGAAUGUAUCUCACUAAAUUGGAUGCUUUUAUUUCCGGUUCUCCCCAACAAAACACCUCUGAAUGGCUCUCCAAGCCUUGGGCAUUUCUGCCAUUUGGGGUUAAUCACAGUGGCAACGUGACAAGAUUUCCCAAAAAUGGCUUCUGUCAAAAAUGCUGAGUCUAGUUGAAAUGGAGACUUAAACUCAAAUACAUGCACCAAGAAUUUUGAAAAUCACAUAACGGUUUCUGGAGAGCUCAAGAUGUCGUGGGGGGGAAAAAAAGCCCUUUUUGGGGAAAAUUUUUGUAUGAUAUCUCCUGUCAAAAAUCGGGUCAAAAAACACCUUCAAAUUUGUGUAAAACAGUAUAACUUGUUUCUCUAUAUAUCACCUGGACCCUUUCGUUUCGUCUGCUAUUUGGGGAACCCCCAGAAUGGCCGACAAGUUUCAGUUAAACAUAUCCCCCAAUAUGCUCGUACAGAACGUGAAUUCUGAGGGUUUUUCAAGUCUAUGUCAAAAUAGCUGACAUUUCAAAUGGCGUCACUUGCCUUAAAAACUCGACUUAAAUAGUGCAAAUGGAACAUUAUUCAUGGGAGGAGCAGUGUGGGUAGUAGAAUAAGCCAUGUAUGUCAGUAAUCAAUUGUCCCCCCCCUGUAUUUAUGUGUGAUGGAGGAUUUUAGAGGUAUUUGAAAUGCUCAUUCCAUGUUUUUGAGAAAAUUCCACAUAGAUGACAGACUUGUCACAGCAAUGGGGGCUCCCGGCCAAGUGUGGUCACGUCAACCGGAUAGGUCCAGCCAUGGGCUCUGCUGUGCACUUCACACCGGGUGUCUGCACCGGUCGUAUGAUGAUUUUGCUUUGUUCUAGGACUGGAACGGAUGGACUGAUAUUUUCUAAUUUUUAAUGGGAAAAGUCGCUUCGGUUCGCCAACAGUGUUAAAACAAAUUCAUGUACUGAGGUUUCAUUUUAUAUUGCCAUUACUCACUAAAUCUACGCACACUGUACAUAAACUAAUAAAGAAGCAAAUGCACUAGAAUUUCAUUCAAAUUGCAUAUGGUGUAUCUUUAGAGUAUUCACAGUGCUUUUUCCACAUUUACAGCAUGACUCCAAAAUCAAAUAAAAAAAUGUUUUUGUUUUAUCAAUUUGGAUUAAAACUGGAACAUAAUGUGGGGAAACGUGAAGUGCCGUGACUACUUUCCAGAUGCACUGUACAUUGAAAUCAUGCCUGAUGAUAACUAAAUAUGCUUCAAUGAGUUGACUCAAAUGAUGAUAAUUAUAACUGCAAGCAGCGCCCCGACUUUAAAUGAUCAUCGAACUUUGACACCAUGCUCUGCCUGCUUUAGAUGACGUAGACAAAAAAAGCUUGGCAAUUUAGCCAGCUGUCUAGUAUACCUGCUUCUGAUUGGGAAACUUCAGUCAAAGUAUGAGCCCUGAUAUUUGCCCACAAUGGUUGCUUCAAACCGAAAUGGACAACGUGAGAUGUCCUUGAGACUUUUUGAUCGACAUUAUGAGAGACCUAUCCACCCGAAUGUCGUGUUUAAUUGGUGGAACUGGUGUCGGAGGAGCAAUUCUUUUCCGCUUUUUGGGGAUCGUGUUGGUCAGGGGUCCCCAACAACCGGGGUACGGACCGGUACUGUGUCGCACAGAGUGACUGAAUAAGAAACAUUGUACUGAUCAUCAGAGUCCAAGAUGUUUUAUUUUGAAAAUCUUGUGGGUCCAUCUGUACCUCUGUUAAGACGGUCAUCUCGGUCAUGUGAAACGGGAUAAGUGAGCCCGCAACCUAGUCUAAAAACAAUAAAAAAAAAUUGUUUGGUGAGCUUCUCAAAAAGGGGGACAGGCCAAAUAAUGAGACGGGGAAAAAGUUGUUUUCAAGAGACAAUAUCGGCAGUUGUAGUUAAAAGUUUUUGCUUAUUGCUCAUUGACUCAUGUACAUAACCCGCUCUGCGAUGUACUAUGGGUGCGUUCAGAAAUUCACUCCGAGCACGCUCUGCUCCACUCUGAACCGUUCGGAAACUGAGAGCAUUGUUGGAAUGUGCUGUUUGGUUAUUCAUAGCACCACACACUGGAAGUGCUGGAGCGCCAGGCAGGACAAGCAUGGAAGCUGUACAAGCAAGGUGGUCAUUUGUAAAUUGAAAUAAAGGGAGCACGCUCUGCCUCUUGCAACACUCGCACUCUUAAGAGUAGAUAUAGGGCAUCAGAUUGAAUUUCUGAAUGCAUCCCAUGUCGUGAGAGGUUUGGAAAUGAGACAAUGGAGCCUUCAAAGCAGCACAUGCACCUGGUAUGAGUAGUUGUUUAAAAGGGGAAGAAGAAGAAAAAGAUUACCCCAAAAUGGGACUCGCUCGUUGAAGAGAAACAAACGCAGAGCUCUCACGAAAACUACAACAACUACACUGAGUGGAACGGUGAGUUGUAAUUUUUAUGUUUAAUCUCCCCUCUAUGCCACUUCGUCAAAAUAAAUCGAACUGCGCCGUGGCAUAAAAACGUUUGGGGACAGCAGAAAAUACAUUUUUACCAGGUACCAUGCAUGUGCAAAAAGUCAGUUUUUUAAAUUGUUUAGGUGUUUAAUUUGUGGAAGAAAAAAAAUAGUGAAUCCAAGAGGGCCUAAUAAUCCAGGGGCUAAACCCAGGACUGAGGCUGCUAGAUACUUUAUUCAGUCUCCCCGGGAGCAGGAAAGUUAAGAGGUGUGGUUUGCAACACACUCCCUCUUUGCUCAGAGAUUCUCCUUUCCAUUUACCUGUAUGUAGAAAGGAAGUAGCUUUGCUGAAACGAUGCCCUGUUACCCACUGUUAUUGCUUUACCAGGGUUUUUGUAGAUGAAGUUUACCUGCAGAUUGUCCCAGCGAGCAUCUGAGCUGUCCAUGUAUAUACCUGCCUCCAUGUUAAUCUGUGACAUUUUGUUAUGUAAAUAAAAUAGUUUUGCACAAAUGUAUAA